AUGGACUCGUCGACAGAAAAGCAAUGUGUAGCCAUGGAAAAAGCAGUUAAGGGCAAAGAGAAUAUGGCACGCAUCACAGGUUCACGAGCCCAUCAUCGAUUUAGCGGACCUCAAAUCAAGAAAGUAAUGGAGACAAACAACCAAGCAUGGGACGACUGCGAGAAAGAAGCUAAGACUCGGGCGGUUCCGCUUCGUAGAAUGCCUUGGCGUGCCUCUGGGUUUUUCUGUAUGAAUUCUAUCGAAUUCCAGCGAAUAUCAGUGGUUUCUUCGUUCGUCUGCUCACUGUUUCUCGGAAAAAUCGCUCCUAUCGAUUACACAGACGGCAGCGGCAUGAAUCUUAUGAACAUACAGAGCCAAAACUGGGACGAAAGUUGCUUAGCAGCUGUUGAUGGUGGCAAUGAAAACCGAACGCACUUACGAGCAAAGCUCGGAUCACUUGCUGAUCCUUCCAAACCGUUGGGCCCAGUAUCGAAAUACAUGGUUGAGAGAUACGGCUUCAACAGCAAAUGCUUGGUUCUUCCAUUUUUAGGCGACAAUCCUGCUUCACUAGCUGGUCUGAACCUUUCCGAAGGCGAUGUGGGCAUUUCACUAGGAACCAGUGAUACCGUCUUCUUCACUACAGCUGAAUAUAAACCAUGCGUGGAUGCACACUUCUUCAGCCAUUUCCUCGGGAAGAAAGAUGAAUUCAUGGCUCUCGUAUGUUUCAAGAACGGCUCCCUGACUCGAGAACGAAUUCGUAAGCGACUUGGUUGUCAGUGGAACGAAAUCGGAACGCUUCUUGCGAAAACUCCAGUCGGAAAUGAUGGACAUAUAGGUUUAUACUUCGAUGAAGAUGAAAUCGCUCCAAGAGUCAAGAAAGGUGACUUCAGGUAUCAGAAAGAUGGCAGUAGCCAUCGCCUAGUCAAGGAAUUCACUCCCGAGGUAGAAGCACGAGCUCUACUCGAAGGGCAAUCGCUACUGAAGCUAAUGUACGCAAGAACAAUGGGAUGUAAUACUGGAAGAGGUAGACAUCUCUGA